CAACAAAGACAUUACUGCUGCUAUUACUACUUCAGCUUCUUCCAUUUCCUUGCAACACUCCUUCCUCUUCCCUUUUCACUCGCUCACUUUUUAAGAGACAGAUUGAUUAGUUGACAAAGAGAAAAAAAGAAAAGGGAUUCAAUAAAAUGUUUGCAGAAGAGAAUGGUUUGAGGGGUGACCCAAGGUUGCAGGGCAUAUCCGAUGCCAUUAGAGUAAUCCCUCAUUUUCCUAAGCCAGGUAUAAUGUUUCAGGACAUAACCACGCUGUUAUUGGAUCACAAGGCCUUCAAGGACACCAUUGAUAUCUUUGUUGAGCGUUACAGAGAAAUGGACAUAUCUGUCGUUGCUGGAGUUGAAGCCAGAGGAUUCAUGUUUGGUCCUUCAAUUGCAUUGGCAAUUGGUGCAAAAUUUCUGCCCCUACGCAAACCAGGAAAGUUGCCAGGGAGUGUUAUCUCUGAAGCUUACGAGCUCGAAUAUGGCAGUGAUUGUUUAGAGAUGCAUGUUGGAGCAGUACAACCUGGAGAACGAGUUUUGGUAAUCGAUGAUCUAGUGGCAACCGGUGGCACCCUGUCUGCAGCCAUAAGGCUUUUAGAUCGAGUUGGGGCUGAGGUGGUUGAAUGUUGCUGUGUUAUCGGGGUGCCAGAGUUUAAGGGUCGCUGCAGCCUCAACGGGAAGCCAUUGUAUAUCCUCGUAGAACCUCGACAAUAAAUGAUUAGCGGUUGGUACUUUCAAAGUGCUAAUGUUUGUCCCCAAUGGAAUUGUCUCUGCUGGAAUUAAUAUCUUACAACAUUUAAGUUCGUUUAUGGGCGGCUAAUAUAAAGGAUUCUGUCAUCGAUUGCAAUUCACACCACAGACUUGUAUUUCUUUCGACGGGUGGUAACUUCUUCAUCAAUGUUUGGGAACUGAAUUUCAUAAACAGUUCUCCCCAACCAAUUUGCGAAUUAAUA